GGUGCAGUUUCUCGCGAGAGCCCGUGCUGAGGGCUCUGUGAGGCCCCGUGUGUUUGUGUGUGUGUAUGUGUGUUGGUGAAUGUGAGUACGGGGAAGCAGCGGCCGCCAUUUCAGGGAGCUUGCCGACGCUGUCGCAGGGGAGGAUCCUGAGCUGCCGAAGCCGCCGUCCUGCUCUCCCGCGCGGGCUCUUCUAAUCCCAUUGUUUCUUUUAGAUUCGUUCGGGCCUAGCCGCCCUCGGAGCCUGAUAUUCGGGCCGGGCGAUACCGCGGCCUGGGCCUAGGGGCUUAACAGUAGCAAUAGCAGCAGCGGCGGCGGCGGCAGUUCCCUCCCGCAUACGAGCACUACAGGCGCCCGAAAGCCCGCGCAGGUGUUUAGAGAAAAUGGCAGACGAUAUUGAUAUUGAAGCAAUGCUUGAGGCUCCUUACAAGAAGACUUGCCUAACGAUAUCUCACCUCUACUCCCAUGAAUUCACCUUUGAUUCCAGUGUGAACUGUCAAUCAUAAGGUAGUAAUUGAGUGACUUAUCGCUGUACCGUGGUCCCUUAGGUAAAAUGACUCAACUAAGAAUUACCAGCUCCAGUUUGGUAUAGCAAAAAGGUGAAUGUAGUGGUUUGGGAAAUGGCAGGGGUCCAAGAAUAACAAAGCAUAACCAGUCUGUGGCAAGUAACUCUUUAAAUAAGUCUUAUAUGAAGAAAUGGGUGAGAUUUAAAAAUUUAUAUAUGCUAUGUAUAAAAGACUGGUCACAGUAAAUCUUAAAACAGGCAGGUGACAAUCUGCUUAGUUAAUAAUUACUAAAAUUCUUGGAUCCCUGAGUAGAAAUUAAAAACAAACAACAACAACAACAACAAAACAACAAAAGGCAGUAUCACAGCUUAGAGUCACUUGAUGACUUUUACUGUUCUCCAUUUUGUUUUAUUUUUAAUUAGGCCCUACCGUAGUAUUUCACACCUAAAUCUACAAAGGAAUUAUUUUGGCUAAUAUAGUCUUUGACCCAUUUCAGUAUUGCAGUAAAAGUAAACUGUCUUUUCAUUCUUUGACCAGUUGGUGGUGAAAAUAGCAGUGUGCAUGCAUUAUCUUUGGUGUCGCAAACUGUAAACUUUGUGAGUUAGCAGUUAUGCUCUUAUAACAGAUGUGAUCCAACUUUAAAAUAAACGUUGCACUAAACCUUAAAAAAUAAUACAUUUGUUUUGGAGUGUAUAGCACGACCAUGUGGUACGAAUUUGGAUGAAUUCUUGAUAGCUUUAAAUACUGUUUGUAGUAUCGUAAUGCUUAGACUCUUGAAGAACUACUUUUGUUUUAAUGUGUAGAUUCUUGUGUCUUAGUUUUUUUUUAACGUGGAUGUAAUUCCAUGUAAACAGGUAUGGAAAUAGGAAAUGUUUUGACUGGACUGGUGGAUUAUUAAUUGACUUUCUUGGGUUCUUGGGAGUCAACAUUACUAAGCAGUGUGAAUCCCUGUUUGCUUCAGGGCGAGAUGUGUGACAGAGGUGGCAUCAAGCUCUUACAGUCCCAACCCUCCAACGGAAAUGGGCGAAGAUCUCAGGAAUGGCAUCGGUCACAGGAAAUCGAUAGUGGCUGGCUGCUAGCAUGGCCACUUGGGGCUUAGGCAGAAAUAGAGCCAUGGUACUGACCAAAGGGACCAUAGCACAUGGAAAAAACUCAAAACAGGACUUCAUUCAUGUUUUAUAGAAAUUACAUUUAACCACUUCAACAUUGUAAAUCUGGAUAACUUAAUAUCUAAACUAUAUAAGAAAGUAAAAUUUAACAUGUUAAUAUGGAGAGUUUUUUUUUUUAUCUUGAUGUAAUUGUAAGGAACAAAGUGGUUAAACACAUACCCAUCUAAAUUUUUUUAUAGCCUUCCAUGUUAAACCGUAAAUAAAUAAUUAGUUUUAAAAUUGUUUUGUAUUUUCUUAUUCCUGUUCCCUUUACCCUUUGACAACUUGAAAUGUUACCACUUCGCCCUCAUGAUGUUCUUCUAUCAACCCUGCUUAGGAUGAGAACAAGUUGAGCAGUGCUAACGGUCAUGAAGAACGUAGCAAAAAGAAAAAAAGCAAGAGCAGAAGUCGUAGUCAUGAAAGAAAGAGAAGCAAAAGUAAGGAACGGAAGCGAAGUAGAGAUAGAGAAAGGAAAAAGAGCAAAAGCCGUGAAAGGAAGCGAAGUAGAAGCAAAGAGAGGAGACGAAGCCGCUCAAGAAGUCGAGAUCGUCGAUUUAGAGGCCGCUACAGAAGUCCUUACUCCGGACCAAAAUUUAACAGUGCCAUCCGAGGAAAGAUUGGGUUGCCUCAUAGCAUCAAAUUAAGCAGACGACGUUCCCGAAGCAAAAGUCCAUUCAGAAAAGACAAGAGCCCUGUGAGAACCUAUUGAUAACCUGACUCCUGAGGAAAGAGAUGCAAGGACAGUUUUCUGCAUGCAACUGGCAGCAAGAAUUCGACCAAGGGAUUUGGAAGAAUUUUUUUCUACAGUAGGAAAGGUUCGAGAUGUGAGGAUGAUUUCUGAUAGAAAUUCAAGACGUUCCAAAGGAAUUGCUUAUGUGGAGUUUGUUGAUGUUAGCUCAGUGCCUCUAGCAAUAGGAUUAACUGGCCAACGGGUUUUAGGAGUGCCAAUCAUAGUACAGGCAUCACAGGCAGAAAAAAACAGAGCCGCAGCAAUGGCAAACAAUUUGCAGAAAGGAAGUGCUGGACCCAUGAGGCUUUAUGUGGGUUCAUUACACUUCAAUAUAACUGAAGAUAUGCUUCGGGGGAUUUUUGAGCCCUUUGGAAGGAUUGAAAGUAUCCAGCUAAUGAUGGACAGUGAAACGGGUCGAUCAAAGGGAUAUGGAUUUAUUACAUUUUCAGAUUCAGAAUGUGCCAAAAAGGCUUUGGAACAACUUAAUGGAUUUGAACUAGCUGGAAGGCCGAUGAAAGUUGGUCAUGUUACCGAACGCACAGAUGCUUCCAGUGCUAGUUCCUUUUUGGACAGUGAUGAAUUGGAAAGGACUGGAAUUGACUUGGGAACAACUGGCCGUCUCCAGUUAAUGGCAAGACUUGCAGAGGGUACAGGUUUACAGAUUCCACCAGCAGCACAGCAGGCUUUACAAAUGAGCGGCUCUUUGGCAUUUGGUGCUGUGGCAGAAUUCUCUUUUGUUAUAGAUUUGCAAACAAGACUUUCUCAACAGACUGAAGCUUCAGCUUUAGCUGCAGCUGCCUCUGUUCAGCCACUUGCAACACAGUGUUUCCAACUGUCUAACAUGUUUAACCCUCAAACAGAAGAAGAAGUUGGCUGGGAUACAGAGAUUAAGGAUGAUGUGAUUGAAGAAUGUAACAAACACGGAGGAGUUAUUCAUAUUUAUGUUGACAAAAAUUCAGCUCAGGGCAAUGUUUAUGUGAAGUGCCCAUCAAUUGCUGCAGCUAUUGCUGCUGUCAAUGCACUGCAUGGUCGGUGGUUUGCUGGUAAAAUGAUAACAGCAGCAUAUGUACCUCUUCCAACUUACCACAACCUCUUUCCUGAUUCUAUGACAGCAACACAACUACUGGUUCCAAGUAGACGAUGAAGGAAGAUACAGUCCCUUAUGUACAUAGCUUUUUUUUUCUUUCUUGAGAAUUCAUCUUGAGUUAUCUUUUAUUUAGAUAAAAAUAAAGAGGCAAGGGUCUACUGUCAUUUGUAUACAAUUCCUGUUACUUUGAAAAAAUAAAAAUGUUAACAGGAAUGCAGUGUGCUCAUUCUCCCUAAAUAGCAAAUCCUACUGUAUACAAAGCUGUUCUCUUGUUCUGCCUUUUAAAAUGUUCAUGUAGAAAAUUACAUUAAGGAACUAUAGUAAUAGCUCUAGGGGAACAAAUGUGCUUUCUGUAAAAAGGCAGACCAGGGAUGUAAUGAUGUUUUUAAUGUUUCAGAAUCCUAUCUUUUUACACGGCAGUUGCAUUUCACAUUUCACUAAUGUUGGCUAUUUGGCUAAUGGUUUAGCAGACAUUUCUUAAUACACAUUUCGUGUAUGGAAAUUCAUCCAAACAGCUAAAGGGCUGUUGGUUAGCAACUUACCUUGCAUUCUGAUCAAUUGGCAGGAAAGGGAGAUUUCAAAAUUAUUUCUUGAUGGUAUCUUUUCAAUUAAUGUAUCUGUAAAAGUUUCUUUGUAAAUAUUGUGUGUUCUGGUGUGUCUUAAGAUUCCAAACAAAAUGAUCCCUGCAUUUCCUGAAGAUGUUUAGUGACAAGUCUGGUAAGCAAAGGAGUCUGAGCAAGAAAUAGGAAAUGCAGAAAUAGGUUUUGUCUGGUUGCAUAUAAUCUUUGCUCUUUUUAAGCUCUGUGAGCUCUGAAAUAUAUUUUUGGGUUACUUCAGUGUGUUUGACAAGAUAGCUUGAUAUUUCUAUCAAACAAAUGACUUUCAUAUUGCAACAAUCUUUGUAAGAACCACUCAAAUAAAAUUCUCUUAAAAAGGC